AUGGCGGAAGCAUUUGAGGAUAACAUACCUGGAUCUCGACCCGAGUAUGAAGAUGAGGAGAUGCAGGAUGUAGAGUUUGAGGAGUUUGAGGAGGGUGAGGGUGAGGAGGGUGAGGAGGGUGAAGAGGGUGAGGAGGGCGAGGAGGGUGAGGAAGAAGAAGAGGGUGAGGAAGAAGAAGAGGGCGAGGAGGGCGAGGAAGAAGAAGAGGGCGAGGAAGAAGAAGACGGUGAGGAAGAAGAAGACGGUGAGGAGGGCGAGGAGGGCGAGGAAGAAGAAGAGGGCGAGGAGGGUGAGGAGGGUGAGGAGGGUGAGGAGGGUGAGGAGGGUGAGGAGGGUGAGGAGGGUGAGGAGGGUGAGGAGGGUGAGGAGGGCGAGGAGGGCGAGGAGGGCGAGGAAGAAGAAGAAGAAGAAGAAGAGGGCGAGGAAGAAGAAGAGGGUGAGGAAGAAGAGGAAGAAGAGGAAGAGGAAGAAGAAGGUGAUGAGGUUGAAGGUGAAGAGUUCGAGGAAGAAUUCUUGGAGGAAGAAGUGGGCGACGAGGAGGAAGAACCGUCAUCCCUGCUAAUGACAUGGAGAGUAGGUCUCUCUAUCCUCCCUUGA